ACACACAUUUUCGUUAGAACUUUUUGCCCCCAGAUCUCCUCCUCUCUUCCUUGCUCAGCUGUUCUUGUUCCUCUUGCUAGGUGAAACACUUUCUUGAAUUGCUGAGACCAUGUUGAGAUCAAGAAAAUCCAGGGUAAUGGUGAUGCUAGUUACUGCUGCUCUUCUACUGACGGAUAUGGCCGGCGUUAGCUAUGGCCGGAGGCUCAUCCCGGACCUCGAUGCCAUGGCGGUCGUCGGCGGCUCGCCGCCGGCGAAAGGCGGGUACAUGUCAAGGUUGCAGGUUCCUCCUUCAGAUUCAGGACAUCACGUUGGCGAUGAGUACAGAAGCAUGCAUGCUGUUUCCAAGAGAUUGGUGCCUCAGGGACCAAAUCCACUGCACAACUGAUCAGCAGCUUCAGCUGAGCCAGCUUCUUCUCUGCUGCCUUUUCAAGGAGAUAUGCUACAGUUUAAUUGCAGUCAAUUAGCCACACUGAGUGAAUUUUCACUUCAUUGAGUGGUGUAAAUUAGAUCUUGUAGAGUAGUAAGAGUAAAAGGUACAUAUGUGUGUAUGUAAGUAUUUUAGUGUGAAGAGUGAAGAAUGUAACAUUUGGUUCUUUUUACUUAUAGUAAACUCUGAAAAGGGUAAAGUCUUUCUGGUUUGUGGUGCGCAGGACGAAAAUGUUAUUGAAAAUAUAUGCAAAUGUAUUUACUAGAAUAAUAUAGGAUACAAGUCAAAGUUUUCAGUGCAGUUGUGUUCUUUGUCAAUUUUCUGAAAAGAAUAUGUUCAGACUUGAGAGAUAAGAACAAUGUACUGAUAA